AGGAAGCGGAGAGUAUAAGGGAAAGGUCAGGGAAGAGACCCAGAGAGAAAGGGGAAAGCUGUAUUUCCUGGCCAUUUUGACAAACACCGAUGGAGAAUUUAUUGCAUGCAUGAGAUUUUACUAGAUAUCAUAGGAGAUACAAAGGUUCCCAAAGAAGACCAAAAGAACUUCCCUUCCAGCUGCAGCUAGUAGGUAUCAUGGACCUCAGCUAUGAGGCGGAGAGUCCCCUGGCUCCUCCUGUUGAACUUCUAGAACAACUGGCACACUAUGACUGGUCUUUUCAAGAUGGUGGCCAACCACAAUGCUCCCUACCUUCAACAUCCCUGAGGAAACUCAGUGAUCAGAGGGGCCGGCCAAUAUUUCUGCAACACAGUGUACCCGUCAUGACAGAGGAGAUGGCCCGGAAUGCCCUCCUGAGCUUUGUGAAUUCCAGGUGUUGUUAUAGCAACCGAGCAGCUGGGGAGCUGGUCAUUCAGGAUCUGAGACAGCACAUGCUAUACAGAUAUCGACUGGAGACCUUUAGUGAAUCCAGGUUAAGUGAAUGGACGUUUCAACCUUAUACUAAUCACUCAGUAGAUGGCCCGAAAAAAGGAGCAUCUCCCAGGCCUUGGGACAUCAAAGUGCACAUGCCUCCCAUGUUUCAGGAGGAGACUAAGAAGUUUCAAGUACCUCACUCUUCCUUAGUCAAGGAUUGCCACAAAUGCCAGGGACGAGGACGGUACAAGUGCAGUGGAUGCCAUGGAGCUGGCAGGAUGCGAUGUGCUUCCUGCAGUGGGGCCAAACGCAAGGCUAAGCAGUCCCGAAGAUGUCAGGUGUGCUCUGGUUCUGGGCGGAAGAGGUGCAGCACCUGUUCAGGAAGGGGGAACAAGACCUGUGCAACAUGUAAAGGGGAGAAAAAGUUACUGCACUUCAUCCAGCUGGUCAUCACCUGGAAAAACAGCCUGUUUGAGUUUGUCACUGAGCACCAUGUGAACUUCCCAGAGGAGCUGUUGGUUAAAGUCAGAGGAGAGAAUAUAUUUAAGGAUGAAAAUGUUAUGGUGUAUCCUAUCGUUGACUUUCCCAAGCAGGAGAUCUCUUUAGCAUCUCAGAGAGGCAUUGCUGAGCACACUACUGCUUUGGCUGGGAAGUCUCGUGUUCUCCAGCAGCGUCAGACCAUUGAACUGAUCCCACUCACAGAAGUCCAUUAUUGGUACCAAGGGAAGACUUACCUCUAUUACAUCUAUGGCCUGGAGAACAAGGUAUAUGCACUGGACUACCCAGAGAGAUACUGCUGUGGCUGCACUAUCAUAUGACCACUGGCCAGCACUCUACCUAAAGAAGGAAAAUAAGGGACUGAAAUACACAUCCAUCAAAGAAGAAGAGACAAGAGUUAGGGUUCAAGUGCUCUGGUUCACUUGAAUUUUUCAUUAAAAAUGAUUCCUGCAAUCGGAUACUUUGGGAGCAUCAACUUAAACACCACUGAUUAGUCUGGGAAUACAUAUUUGCACCUAAUAAGGACAAAGCCCUCUGCUAGUAGAUUCAGCUCCACAGCACAUAGUAGGUGCUUAAUAAAUGCUAGUUGAUUGACUUACUGACUCAACAACCAUGUUUUGAAUACCUACUUGUGGCAGCAAUAUGACAGCAUAGCACUGUCCUCUCACAUUUCUUUAUAUUUACUUCAUAUGUAAAGGCAGCUAAGAUGUAAUGUAUAGAGAGCUGGCUUCAGUCACAAAGACCUGAGUUCAAGUCUUGACUCUCACAUACUGGUUGUAUGACUGGGCAAGUUACAACCUCUCAGUGGCUCAGUGCUCAUAAACUAUAAAUUUCAGAGCAGAUGCUGAUCUCCACUGGUGGAGGGAAUUUCCUUAUUAUGAAUUCCUGACGUAUACAAAAUCCCAGUUCCCCUCCCCCCUUUUAAAAAAUAUUUACAUGAUUUGUGAUCAUGCUGUUUUCCCUCAUUAUAUGGAAUGCAGUGUUUCAUUUUUGUCUUUGUAUCUGUAGCCCUUCACAUAGAGGUUUAAACAUAUACUUGCUGAAUGAAUGGAUUAACCAGCUCAUUAAUUAGUUUAGGCCUGGCUUUGGAGUUAGGAAGACCAUGGGCUUGUCUUGCUUCUGCUUUUUAGUGGCUCUCUGACUAUGAACAACACCCUUUACUUCCUAGGACCCCUGGCAGCUCACUAAGACAUAGUAGUUGUAAAUUUGUAUUGCUAGGAAUAGUUUUCAUAUCAAGAGCUCUUUCAACAAGAAUAGAAUCCCAGUUCCAGAAAAAAUGUAAACAAAAUAUAGAGGUAAUGUUAGACUUGGAGCCGGGGAAACGUGGGUUCAGGUCCUUCCCCUGAUUCUUGCAACCUGUGUGACCCUAGGCAAAUAUCAUCUUCUGUUAGCCUCAGUUUCCUCUAAAGUAAUAAUAAUAAUGAUAUUGAUAAUAGCUAACAUGCAUAUAGUGCUUACUAUGUGCCAGGCAAUUAAUGAUAUAAUCUCAUUUCCUCUGUAAAAAUAAUGACAUCUUUAAUGCCUACCUGCUUUGUUUGAUGUGCUGUUCAAAAGACAUUGUAUGUAAAUCACUUAUAUAAAAGCCAGUCGUUAUUAUCAUGGACAGAGAAGGCUCUAGGCACUAGAGGAAGAGGCAGGCUUCCAUGAGCCUGCUUUCUUGGGCUUUGUGGUGAACUGUGUUGGUGAAGUUUGGGAGGUUCAUCCCCUCCAUCAGCUGGCGUCGAGGGUAUUAGUGCCUGCCCUGUGUCUUAACCACUGCAUCAGCUUUAGACUGCUUCGAGGCCUCAAUGGGAGAAUGUGGAUGAAAUGAUGUGACCUGGGCUAAGUCCAAAUCCAUGCAAUGGGAGCCUCUGUUGUUACCUAGGCUUCUCCAAGUCUUAUCUCUUCCUUCGCUGUAUUUGGAAGUCAUUUGGUCGGUGGGGAAUGGUUCCAGAGAAAGCACUCUGGAAAUGCUUUAUAAAGUCCUCUCAUGAUCCCAUACCUCCUGGCUGCUGCCCUCUGGUCAUUAAUGGUCCUUGGUGGAUGCCUGUGGAUAUUGGUGGGAGGGACCUUGCAAGUUGUGAAAGUCACAGCUCUAGAGCUGGAAAAGAUCUGAGGAAGUCACCCAGGCCAAGCCUGAUCAUUCUGUAGAUGAGGAAACUAAGGACCAGAAUGACCAAGACCACUCUAGAAGUGAGUGCAGAUGCAGAAAUUGAGUGCAGGGCCUCUUCCUUCAUAUCCAGCACUUUUACCAUAGUGUCAGUCUGAGGACAUGUUAUUAGGGGGAUUUCAACAACAGUAAUGAAAAAUGCUAUUAUUUUUAUUUUUUUUAAGAGAAAAAGGAGAUCUUUUGGUUCCUAAACUCUAAACCAUUCUAGGAAACUUGGUUUGUGAACUCAUCAACUUUCCGACCUUUAUAUUUAUGGGAUAUACACAAACACAUGUACAUAUACAUGUAUAUGUGUAUAUAUAUACAUAUAUACACAUACAUACAUACAUAUAUACACACAUAUUGCUAUUUAAGUCACCUGUCUUUACUGGUAGAAUAAGAAGUAGAAAUACAAUAACUGGGUUGUGCCUUGUAUGGGAGUGGGGUAGAAGAACUCACAGGGAAAGGCUGACUGGGAUCCCACUCUGGGGGCCAAAGUAGAGUGAUCAGGGUCAAAUGUUUUGAAACCACAUGGUAUAAUGUGAAGCACGGUGGACCAAGUAUUAGACAAUAUGGGUUCUAAUCUUAGUUCCACCACUCGGGGGCUAGGAGAUCUUAGAUUUAUACUUUCUGGGCUGGAGUAGCCCCAUCUACAAAAUGGGAAUAUUGAGUCCCUUCUUCUGUCCACCUCUUAACAUUGGUGUGAGGACUGGAUGACAUAAUGAUUGUGAAGAUGGGUAAAGGGGUAAAGUCCUAUGGGAGGGCAAGUGGAAGGGUAGGAGUCACAGGAGCUGAUGAGUGGUUAUUGGUAGGAAACAAUGCUUAGGUCUUAAGAGGAAAAGAGAAUUUAUGAUAAGUAGAGCCUAAACUUGAAAUCUUUAUGCUGAUGGCAAGCACCACAAAUUAUUUUCUGGGGUAAAGGGUUCAAAAGGUGGGGCUGGGGUGGACAUGGGGAGGGGACUGGGAUACUACCUUGUGCGGAAGGACACAGAGGUGCCUGGGACACUAUAACACUGAAGAUUCUGUCAAUUCUAGAGCUUUAAAGUGCCCAGGGUCCCACAGGAUAGGAAGGCUCAUCCUUGCACACUGCAAUGUUGUUAAUGUCCUCUAACUUCAGCCUCCUGGGAUGAAACCCAGGCUUCACACCCUAGUUAUGCUUUUGACGAUUGUUGACGUUUCACCUAACCAGCUUGGACUUUUCUACUUAUAUAGUUAGGGGGAACCUGAAAAUUUGGGAGAUGAAAGGAGAGUGUGGAAUUAUGUUGAAACACAAUGAGUAUUGGUCCCUUUGAGGUCCAGAUUGCUGUCAAAGCCUGGGCCUUAGAUUGGAAAAGCUAAUUAUAGGAAAAGAAAAGGAAACUAAAGGCAUUACCUGCCACCUCCUAGUCUGCCUCUCAGGCCCACCCUGACCACCCAUCUACUCUUAAUGUUCUCCAAACACACCUAUUCAAGAGAGAAGUGACAGUAAAAGGUAAUAUGUGCAGAGUAAUGUCAGACUAGGUUGAUUACAAUGAUGAUGAUAAUGAUAACUGGCAUUUAUAUAAUUAAUCAAUCCAUAAAGACCUAUUAAAUGCUUGGUAUGUGACAGGCACUCUUCUAGACUCAUAGGAUAAAAGACAAAAAUAAACAGUCCCUGACCCCAAGGAGCACUGCAUUCUAACAUUUAGUACAUUAAAAUUUACUAUAAAUAAUUGAUACUUAUAUGAUGCCUUAAGGUUUACAGAAAUACUGCAUAUGCAAAAUCUCAUUUGAUCUGCCUGAUAACCUUGUGAGAGUGACACCAUAGGUAUUAUCAUCAUUUUAUAGAUGAGAAAAUGGAAGUUUAGAAAGAUUCAGUAGGUGCUGGUUGAUUGGGGGAUAGUUGAAUAAAUCAUGGUACGUGGUGGAAUCUAUAUCACCAGGAAUGACAAAGAUGAAGAAAUCAGAGAAAUGUGGAGAAAAUUCUAGAGAGAGGAACUAGCAGAAUCAGGAGGGCUAUAUAGCCAGUAACUGUAAUAGUGUACAUGGGAAGGGUAAAAAGAAAUGAAACUGAAUGCUGUAUAAUUACAAUGACCAAGUUUGUUCCUGAGAAGAAUUGAGAGAUGGACUUUACUUCCUUUAUUGUGAGUAAGACACGCUACAUUACUAGUUGCACACUCUUCAUAGGUUAGUUGGAUUGGCUAAACUCACUUUUUUCUCCUUUUAAACAAUAGCAUUUGUAUAGUGCUUUUAAGAUUCUGAAAGUGCUUUACAAAUAUUUCCUUUCAUCCUUCCAACAACCAUAGCUGCUGUUUGUUAUUGUCUGCAUCUUAUAGAUGAGGCAACUGAGGCAGGUAGAUUAAGUGCUCAGGGUCCCACAGCUAGUUAAGUGUCUGAAGAAAGAUUUGAACUCAGGUCUUCCUGACUAUAGGUCCUUGACUUCAUGCACUUUGAUACCUAGAUGCCCUUUUCUGUUGGAUCCAAGAUGUGGCUUAUUGGGUAUGAGAAGAGGGAGAGAUAUUGUGGGAAAUGAAUAUGAUGGAAAAACAAAUGCUAUCAAUAAAAAUAUUUAAUGUAUUAAAGUCUUUGUUCUCAAAUCCUGGAAUACUACAUCUCUAGUCUCCUAGACUUUGGCUUCUCAUCUUCACUCUCCAUCAAGUAAGCAUUGCCAGCACAUUAAGACAAUGAAACCCUCACCAUGUGCCAGGAAAGUGGACCGACAGCUCUGUGUAGUUUUAAUUGGUUUUGUUUUCUGCCAUAAAAAUGUAAGAGGCAAGACAACACCCUUUAUGACCAUAACCCGACCCAGGCUGCCACUGAGACUGUUUAUGGACAAAAAUAAACUUGUCUUUCCUCUUGCCUUUUAA